CGCCAUGCUUUCGGCCUCUUUCUCGAUCGAACGGCGCAAUCAAUCGUAGGUAACAGCAACCAUGCCACGUCCCCAGCACAAUACAACCUCCCUCCCGCGUGAUUUACGCACAGAACUAGGUAUUAGGGAUACCUAUGGUGAGAAGAAGCGCAAGCUCAAUGGGCCUGCGAACCGGAAAGAACGCCGCCAAGCAGAGCGGAACAAUAAGAAGUCGGGGAGACCUGCUGCAGCACCAGUGAAGAAAACUUUCCAACGACGGCCGCAGCAAAAAAGGGAGGAACCGGUCGAGGAGGAUGAUUUCGACUUGGAUGAGGAAUCGUCCAGCGACGAAACGCUUGUUGCGCCGGACAACAAGCCAUCUUCAAGCCAAAAGCUUCAGUCAGACUCCAAGUCAGCCGUGACACUCAAACCGAAGCGGGCGCUCGAAAUGAGCGAUGAAAAUGAGGAUGAUAGUUCCGACUAUGAAGGGCAAUCCGAAGAAGACGAGAGCGACCAAGAUAAUGGUGACAAGAGCAUCCCACAGGGUGCUCAUAUUUCAGAAACUGUCAAGUCUAAGCUAGCUCAAGACGACGCCGAAAUUGCUGCACUGGAGAAGAAGCUCGGUCUCAAGAAGGGAAAGAAGCUUCCAAAGGCAUUUGCUGAGGAUGGAUUGGACGAUCUGAUGGGAGACUUGGGGGAGGCGUCAGAAGAUGAUAGCAAGAAGCGGAAGCGUGAAGCGGAUGAAUGGCUCCAAAGCAAGAGACAAAAGGCAUUGCAGCGCCAGGCUCAAGUUUCGGAAGAGGAAGAAGAUGAGGAUUUUGAUAGUGAAGAUGACAUGGACAAUUUGGACGAGGAAGUCUUUGGUUCAGACGGGGAAGAUGAGGAUACCGAGGACAGUGAAUUCGACGGGUUUGACAAGGAAGAGGAGGCACCGCCAAAGAAACGAGAAAAUCCAUAUGUGGCACCUGUGCCCAAGUUGGAAACAGCACCGACUCAAAAAUACAUUCCGCCAUCAUUGCGAGCUCGCGGAGAUCCCGAAAGUGAAGCCCUUACUCGAUUGCGCCGACAGGCCCAGGGACAUCUAAACAAGCUGUCCGAGGCCAACUUGGUGUCUAUCCUUGCGGAAUUCGAGAAGCUAUAUCGGGACCAUCCGCGUCAAAAUGUUACCUCUACUUUGAUCACCUUGCUAAUGGGUCUCAUUGGUGAACGAUCUGUUCUCAAUGAUACUUUCAUCGUCCUGCAUGCCGGUUUCAUUGCUGCGGUAUACAAGAUCAUGGGUAUGGACUUUGGCGCUGAGAUUGUCCAGAAAAUCGUCGAGGCAAUGGAUGCGGGUGGUGAUGAACGUGGCAAGUUUGAGGGCAAGGAGUACAUCAACCUCGUUUCCCUCUUGUGCCAGCUGUACAAUUUCCAUGUCAUUGGACACCCUUUGAUGUUCGACUACAUUCGUCUCUUCUUGCAAGAGAUCAAUGAGACAAAUACCGAGCUUCUGCUCAAGAUUAUUCGGAAUGCCGGUCCUCAACUACGUCAGGAUGACCCAUCCGCCCUCAAGGACAUCGUCCUGCUGAUCCAACCUGCCAUUUCCAAGGCUGGAGAGGGAAACCUCUCAGUCCGUACCAAAUUUAUGAUCGAAACUAUUACCGAUCUCAAAAAUAACCGGGUCAGAUCCGGAAUUGGCGCCAGCGUGACCUCGGAGCACAUCACCAAAAUGCGCAAGAUCUUGGGCUCUUUGAAUAACUCCCGAGUGAUUCGUGCAUCGGAGCCUAUCAACAUCACGCGUUCGGAUAUUCACGACUCUUCCAAGAAGGGCAAAUGGUGGCUUGUCGGCGCCAGCUGGAGGGAGGAUCCUCUUGUCUCUGCUCGCCAGGAGCUGUCCGACAUGCAGGCGAAGGACGCUGAUGCCAUGGAGGAUGACAGUGAAGCUGAGCCGGAUUUGGCACACCUGGCCAGAGUCCACCGUAUGAACACGGAUGUGCGUCGCUCAAUCUUCGUCGCUAUCAUGUCUGCGACAGACUUCCAAGAUGCCCACGUUCGCCUUAUCAAGCUCCGGCUCAAGCGUGCGCAAGAAUUUGAGAUUCCCCGUGUUCUCUUGCAUUGUGCGAUGGAAGAAGAUGCUCACAAUCCUUAUUACACUCUGAUUGCACGCCGUCUUUGCGGAGAGUCGGGCCGUCGUCUCAAAAUGUCAUUUAUGUUUGCCCUCUGGAACAUCUUUAAGCGGAUGGGUGAACAAGGUGAUGACGAGGGAGAGACAGAGUUUGAUGCCGACGACGAGGAGACCGGUGUCUCCAUGAAGGCUGUGGUCAAUCUGGCCAAGAUGUACGGGAUGCUCAUCGCAGACGGCACUUUAUCGCUAAGUGUCUUGAAGAACCUCAACUUCGCUUAUCUCCAACCCAAGACCAAGACAUUCGUCGAGCUUUUGAUCAUCAGUAUUAUCCAACAGUCGCAGAAGACCAAGAAAAAGAAGAAGAGCAAGUCCCCCUCGGACGAUGCCAAGGACGAAGAGUCUCUCAUGCAGAUCUUCUUGCGUGUCCAAGAAGCACCUCAAGCUGCCAAGGGAUUGAUCUAUUUCAUUCGCAAGGUUGUCGCAAAGACUGACCUUGUCACUGAGAAAGAGCAGAAGCUGGUGCGUUGGGGUUGCAAUGUGGCCGUGGAUGCUCUCAAGGCUGUCAAAGAUUAAUGACUGUGGGUGGAUAUGGAGGCAUUGUGAUUUGAUUCUCAUCUAAAAUAUACCCCUUUUUAUAGACAUACAUGUCAAUAGCUGCAUUCAAAUGAACAUAUCGACCAGCAAUUUUCGUUGCACAUAGCUCAUGUCGGCAUAAGGCGUAGAUGUGAUAAAGCUGUUACAUGGCUUCCUCGACGAGGUCCCAUUCCAUAGCAAUCAACCAUUGUUGUGCUUUACUAGGUUCACCACCUUGAGGUACCUCUGUCUGAAACUCGUUGGCAGCAGCCAGGGCCUGGUGCUCUUCAAAUGUGACAUUCCAAGCUAGGCCGCGGUGGAUUCCCAAUAACUCCCUUUCGUGGAUAUAGCCCGAUCCCGGCCCCCGGGUCUCUGAUGGUGGUCCAUGCGAAGGAGGCUUGGAUCGCGACGGGCCCAUGAUCAAUAUAUUAAGAAUUUUCUUCUCAUCAUCUUCAGUCCCCGUAAUGGCUACCUUCUCAGCUCGAACAAACGAGAGCGCCCCAGAGCUACUCAGCACGGCCGAUCUUACCUGGAGCACGCGAGCAGCCACAAGAUAUCGCCCAAAAUCAGUUGAACUAUGCCCCGCCGUUGCAACUGUCUGGGUUAUGGCACUCAAAGGCUCAUGCUUAGAUCCCAUCUCAAGAAUCCAACUGCGUACCUCGGCGGCCAUACCGCCGGGCGCAUAACCCACCCCGGAGCGAUUCUUGCCACGCCGGUGGAGCGUCCUUGAGGAGGGUGAGAAUGGUGCUGGUAUAUCAUCUAAAGUAGCAUCAGGCGAUGGUGAGCGAGGAAGCACAAAAGCAGGCCUGCGGCGCUCUUGCGGGGAGGUUUGCUGGGUUGCGGAUGGUGUCUCUGCUCGGAACGCAGGCUGACUGCUGCGCGGCUUGUGGGUCGAUAGUACAAAUCGUGGGCGACUGCGAAAUGGCGUUUGUGUGCUCCCAGGAGUUGCGAUUGGUGGCACCCAUGGCUUAAUGGACGUGGUUGGGGUUGCUAGGGUGCUCAGGUCCUGUGCCGUUGGACGCUGUAAAGGCCGAGCAGCGGGUGUCUCGAGAGGAUCGACUGUCGAACCUCUCAGCUCGGGAACAGACGAAUAUCUUUGCUCCAGGGUAUUUGCCAAGGUUUGGUCCGGUCCUUGAGUCCAUCCUGCAGAGAGCCGCUGUCGUUUGUUUCCAUCUCUUGUUGGCGCGAAAAGCGCGUCAAACUCAGCGUCCAGUGGCCCUGGUGUUCCUGGGUCAACAGAUGGAGAGCUAGCGAUAGAGUCAUCGGCCAACUCAUUGACCCCGUUGUCACGGCUGUCUGCAUUGCCCAACCACUCGUCUUCGUCCGAGUCUUCGAUCACAUCCCGCUGCCGGCGCGGUUGAGGGCCCGCCUGUCUUAGUUGAGCCGUGGUGCGCGUGACGGGCGCAGUCGAUGGUGGGGCGUCAUCGUCGACAAUCUCAGAAUCACUUUUUCCCUUCUGCGGUGUUGCUUGCGAUAAGAGGAACCGAGGCGAAUUGGCGAAUUGUGGUCCGGCACUUCGGCGCGUCGGUGGAUGGCCGCGGGAUAGGCGGAAGGGAGAAGGGGU